GUCAAACGCCGCUGUGUCACACCUGCGGGCUCCGCCUCCACGCGGAAUAAAGCUCUACGCUCAUUGGCUCAGCUUGUUGUCCUUCCACGGAGAAUGCCGGCGUUCUGGCAAGCCAUUGGUUAGUGACAUGUCAAUCACGUUUGGUUCUGCGAUGUGAUUGGCUCGCCCCACCUCGUGCUCAGCAGCAGCUAGGCACAGAACGACAGCCAUUCCGUGUCAUCUCCUUCUCCUGACUGAUGCUGCCACUGUCUAAACCCUGUUGAACCGCAGGCUCCGUCGCGCGGCUGUCAUGGUGAUUUUAGCGGACGUCUGCGGAAACCUUGUCCUCCUCUAAGUCACUCUCUCGAGCCUCCACGGGCAGAGGCUCGGGAGCGACGGUGGUGGUGGUGGUGCGGCGCUGCCUCCCGUUUGAACAGCGGCAGGAGGAUGGCAUUGCCUCUGUGUGUGUGUGUGUUUGUGCUCGGUCUGUGGAGAUUUUAAUUAGCCGCUAACACACGCUUAGACAUUUACGACUGGCAAAACCGUGACGACCGAAGCACCGCGACGAUUAUGUAAAAGGAUUCAAGUUUGAAGAGCUAGGUGGCCAAUCGGGAGACAGCAAGGCUCACUGAGGAGGGAAGCCACCAGUGAGGCCAAGAGAUCUCCUUACCCCAUCCACACUGCUGCACACAUCCCUCCCCAUUAUCACUACCAUGUCUCUGCCCAGUGGCAGCCCAGAAAGAGAGGGCUCUGUCGGGGCUCUCUCUCAGCUCGAAUGCCCUUCUUCCCCAUCCGGAAUGGACCCAGACCCCUCAUCAACAGGCAGCCCAGUGCUCAGUCCAGAUUCAUCCUCCCAUGAUGCAUUAUUGUCUGCACCAGCAGCCUCCCCAGCAGACUCGGAGAACCUAAGUCCGGAUGAAUUGGAGCUGCUGGCCAAACUGGAGGAACAGAACAGGUUACUGGAGGCUGAUUCUAAAUCGAUGCGGUCGAUGAGUGGCUCGCGGCGCAACAGUGGCUCCUCACUGGUGUCCAGCUCCUCUGCUUCCUCCAACCUGUCACACCUGGAGGAGGACACCUGGAUCCUGUGGGGACGCAUUGUCAAUGAGUGGGAGGAGUGGAGACGCAAAAAGGACAAACUACUAAAGGAGUUGAUCAGGAAGGGCAUCCCCCAUCAUUUCCGGGCGAUUGUCUGGCAGCUGCUCGGCAACGCCACCGACAUGCCGGUAAAGAACCAGUAUUCUGAGCUCUUGAAGAUGUCCUCUCCCUGUGAGAAGCUCAUCCGCAGAGACAUCGCCCGCACCUACCCCGAGCACGAGUUUUUCAAAGGCCAGGACAGCCUGGGCCAGGAAGUCCUCUUUAACGUCAUGAAGGCAUAUUCUCUGGUGGAUCGAGAGGUGGGCUACUGCCAGGGCAGUGCCUUCAUCGUUGGCUUGCUGCUUAUGCAGAUGCCCGAGGAGGAGGCGUUCUGUGUGUUUGUGCGUCUGAUGCAGGAGUACCGUCUAAGGGAGCUGUUCAAACCCAGCAUGGCUGAACUGGGCCUCUGCAUCUACCAGUUUGAAUAUCUGCUCCAGGAGCAACUUCCAGAGUUGAACGUCCAUUUCCGGUCCCAGAGUUUCCACACAUCCAUGUACGCUUCCUCCUGGUUCCUCACCCUUUUCCUCACCUUCCUCCCCCUGCCCGUAGCCACUCGCAUCUUUGAUAUUUUCAUGUAUGAGGGUUUAGAGAUUAUCUUCCGUGUGGGCCUGGCCAUCCUGCAGUACAACCAGACUGACCUCAUUCAGCUGGACAUGGAAGGCAUGUCGCAGCAUUUCCAGAAGGUGAUCCCCCACCAGUUCGACAGCUGCCCCGACAAGCUGAUUCUCAGGGCCUAUCAGGUCAAAUACAACCCCAAGAGGAUGAAGAAGCUUGAGAAAGAGUACACAACCAUCAAAAACAAAGAAAUGGAGGAGCAGAUUGAGAUCAAGAGAUUACGCACAGAAAACAGGCUGCUGAAGCAGAGGAUUGAGACGCUGGAGAAGGAGAGUGCUGCUCUGGCAGACAGACUGAUUCAGGGUCAGGUGACGAGGGCACAGGAAGCAGAGGAGAACUACGUGAUCAAGCGGGAGCUGGCGGUGGUGAGGCAGCAGUGCAACUCAGCCAGCGAGAGCCUCGAGAAAGCGCAGGACACCAUCAGAGAGCUGCAGCAGCAGAGGUACACAGAACAGUUUGUGAGCAACCUCCAGACCCAGCUGGAGCAGUCCAGGCUGCGAGAGGCCGAGCUGCUCGGAGCGCUGAAGGAAAUGCAAGACAAGGUGCUCGACCUGGAGAAGAGGAGCAGCUGUCUGCCUGAUGAGAACAACGUGGCCGCUCUGCAGGAGGAGGUGAAGCAGAUGAAGCUGAGGGAGCUGGAGACGCUGAGCUCCUUCAGAGAGAUGCAGGACACGGUCACUGAGCUCAACCAGCGCUGGCAGCACCACAUGUCCCGUGGCAGCAGCACUGGUGGUGGGGGUGGCCACUGGAAGGAAUCCCCAAAGAAGAACGCCAUGAACGAACUGCAGGACAAACUGAUGACGGUCAGACUGAGGGAGGCUCAGGCCCAGGCUGAGCUCCGAGAGGUCAAACUGAAAUCCCUGCAGCUGGAGAGCCAGAACCAGAUCCACAGCAAGCACAUCGGUCGCAAUGAGCAGGAACGCUCGGCGCUACAGGACCGGCUCCAGAUGCUGACCAAUCAAAAUAAAGCUCUCCAGGCCCAACUUAACGAGAUGAAAAGGAAGCAGGCUGAGUCCGACUGCAAGAGUAAAGAAGAGGUGAUGGCGGUGCGACUAAGGGAAGCAGACAGUAUUGCUGCCAUAGCAGAACUCAGACAGAAGAUUGCUGAACUCGAGAUACAGAAGGAGGCAGGGCUGAUCCAGGGCCAGCUGAACCACUCGGAUUCCAAACAGUACAUAACCCAGCUCCGGGACCAGAUUGCUGAGCUUAAGAAUGAGAUCCGGCAGUUUCGAGGGCAGAAGAUGGCCUCCAGCGGAGGCCUGAGCACCAACUACCCGGAUCUCUGCCUGGCGAGCCCGGCUUCUGCUGAGGGGGACUACCUGAGCUCGGACGAGGACCUUCUCCCCAGCCCGCUGCCUCCCAGCGCCCUCUACCCCACCCUGUCCAGCCAGUGUCACCCGUCUGCCCGCCUCGAUAGUGAGGGCAGCACAGACAGCGAGGAGACAGAGGAGCGCAUGCAGACACACCCAGACCCGCAGCAGCUGUACGGCAGCAUGGUGUGUGCAGAGGGACUGGAUAACUGAGAUGUGGAUGAGGGGGGGAGGGGGGGGUGAAGACUUUUUUGACCUAAAGAGACAGGACUGGACGGCUACUGUAAACUGGGACUGUGUCAUCAACAGUGGACAGUCCUCCACCUCAGCUUUUCCAGUAUUUAUCUUUUACUUGAUGCAGAUAUCAUGGCAUUGAUUGGACCUCUUUUGGUCAUCACUACAUGUAGUCUCUGCUCCUGUUACUCCCCUCCCCCACCUUGUCUCCCCCCCCCAGGUCACUGUCAGAGAGCUAUUAUAGAGCCUGUCUUCUUCUUCACAUGUGUAUCGCCGCAAAAUAAAUUCUGUCAACACACGCGUAUCCACCCAAACCCCCAAACACGCUCGAACAAACUGAGCGUGGACAAGCAAGACUGUGGCUGCUCGCUGCUUGAGAUCAAACACUGGACCUGAUUCUGUGACCAUAACCAGGGAUAAAACAUGGGCAGACAGACAGACAGACAGGCAGACAGACAGAUAGGACUCUGCCCUUUGCCUGUAAACUGGCCCACUGUAUGCUCCAUCCACCCUUUACAGAAAAAAAAGUCUCUGCUCUGAUUGGUUCACAGUUAAACAAUUUUUUUUAUUUUCCCUUUUAAUGGCAUCCUUCAAGAAGACACCGUUUGAUCAUCACUGCCUUCACAAAACAAAACGUCCACUUAAAGACUUCCAUUGUCACUCACAGGAGAAAUUUCAUGAUUUCAGGGUUUCAAAAGGGGGAGGUACAAUGUAGGAACAUGUAGACAUCCGACUGUAGGGUUAUCUAUCACCAGGUGGCAUUUAAAGUCGUAUUCACACCUAAUAGUCUCCGCUAGACUCGGUACGAUUGGGGGGUUGCAACAUUCAGCCGGUCCGAGUUUGCUUUCACACUGCACUUUAGUCAAACCAACCGAACCUUUUUAAUAAUGUAUUCCCCUCCUCGCCUGGGGCGGCGCUGCAUCAAGACAAAAAAUGAACAAGAAAACUCCUGUUGGUUCCUCCACAUCAGAGCAAAACAUGGAUCUGCAUCAAAUCCUAUCGUUUUAUGAGAACAUACGACACAUGUACGCUGCGACAAUGGGCUCAGCCAUUUCUCCCGCCUGUCGUUCUACUCGUGCGUAUGUUCCUGUUGUGUUUACCCACAACGCCCUGCGUUGUAGUCCACUUCCUGCAUUUGUUUCGCAUUCACACCUACCCAAGCGAUGCGGACUGUCCGAGCAAACGAAUUAGGAUUGGAAUUAGAAGGGCUGGUGUGAAUACGACUUAACACGUCAACAUACUAAAUGUGUGUGUUGUGUGUGUGUGUGUGUGUGUGUGUGUGUUGUGUGUGUUGUAUGUUUCGCCGACAUCAAGAAGGCAAGCAUCGAAAUGAAGAAGCUCAUACUCUCACCCUAAUCCACAAAAUAGGCAGGAAGAUACCCAAUGUUGCCAAAUCUUUUGCUUUUUAAAUUAUUUAUGUUGUAAUUUAUUUUGAUAUGUUUAAAAAAAAAAAAAAAAAGAAAGAAAAAUUAAUAUAUCUAUAUGAAACUUGUUGGAGCGUAGAAAUACAGACAGAGGCCAAACUUUCUACAGCGUCCUUUGUGCCAACGUCCGAUCUGUUACAGAGUUACCGCGAGUGUUUCAGGGAUGGAAGAAAAAGAAAAAUGCUGCUAUGAUUUUUAGAAUUUCUUCUUUUAAUCUUUGUGAGCAGUUGAACAUGAUUUCUCCCCAAUUUAUUGCCAAACUGUGUGGUUUCCUUGAAAACAGUAACUAUCUUUCAGUAUGAAUGUGUGAGUGUGUGAGUCAUGAGAUGUUUUGGGGAGAAAGUUUAUUCACUGAUUGUCUGAGAGUUAGAAGAACAACAGGGCUACUGGACUGCCUCAUUUACUUUUUGGGGACUUCCUGUGCACAGUAAAGUAAAUUCAAAUGAACGACGCCGACUGCUUGAUUACAUUUUUAAGUAAAAAUCUGCUACAAUCUUUUCAAGACUUUCAUCACCAGUGAGCUCCGGUGAUGUGCGUUGAUGCAUGGUUUUUUUAAAGGCUGAGCGUUUAAAAAAUAAAAAUAAAAAAUCCCCCUGCUUAUUUACAGACAUGAAUAAGCAUAAUUCCCCCAAAAUGUCAGCCUCUUCCUUUUGGUUGCAAAUGUCCCAUACGAGCAAAGAGCAGAUAACAGUACUAAUCUGGAAUCAGCAGUUCAUGAAUGCUCAUGUCACUACUGUUUAAAAUGGCAACAUGUGGGACUGGAGAGUAUGUGUGUGUGUGUGUGUGUGGGGUUGGAAAAUAUUUUACAUAUCAAACAUUGGUAUAUACUGUGUAGGGGAAAGGGUGUGUAAUGUGUAGAGAGAUAUGAAAUACAGUAUAUGGUGUGACUGGCAAUAUUUGUCAGUUCCUACUGCAGAUGAUGAGGAGUGUGUUGUUUCCUCGGACAGGGUGUUAAGACCUGUGUGUGUAUUUAUAGAUUUGACGGAAGGAUCCACUCUUCAGAAGGGCCUUGAUGUGAUAGAUCGAUAAUACCUGGAAUGCAGUAUUGACUACCCUUUUUUUAUUUUGUCCUGUAGCAAUUUUAACAAAACAAAAAUAUUGACAUCACACAUGAUCAUUAAAUUCUUCAGCUUACACUGGCCUCGUCGCCUUCUUGCAGUCAAACACAUUAAUUCAGUGUACCUUCACUCAUCAAACACGUGUACACACACACACACACACACACACACACACGCACACACACGCAAGUAUUAAACCCCAUCUUUCUCGUCUUCUUCUUCUGUAGAGAAUGAAAUACAUCCCUGCACGCGACUUCCUGAUAGACAGCCAAUCAUAAGCGCUGUUAAAUCUCUGUCGUACAGUAUCCUGCAUGCUUAUUGGCUCCCUGACGCUGAUGAGAUUAACUCCUCAUCAUAGUGAGUGACAACACGUUUUCUGCCUUAGGUGAUGUGUCAGGGAAAGUGUGAUCAUCCAGCAGAUUCCACAUUAGUACUUAGAACUGAUAAUUGAAACAUUUUACCGUCCUGACUUCGUAUUUGCUUCGUUAUUAAGAUUUCCUCGAUAUUUUCUAAGGCCUACACUAUAUGUUUCGCAUUUCUGGCCAUACAAUGGUUUUAUUAUUUAUUACUCCCUUUGAUGGAAUUAUUCAUCAGUGGAUGGUAGCAAGUGAAAUCUCUUCAGUGGAAUCAGUGUUUGGAUAAUUCUCACACCAUAUCAUGACACAUCUUCUACAAUUUCAUAUCCAUUCAGUUAUUAGAAUGAUGAAAAUUAUGUUUCUCCAACUCGUAAGUUUUGUAAUUUCCCCUCAUGAAAGUCCAUGUCUUUUAUGCAAAGACAGAAAACGGUAGCAAGGUUUCUGAUCCGGGAUGUUGUGUGUCAACAGAAAUAUCACGACUUGCCAUAUUUGAGCCACAUUUGGAUGGAAGACGAACUUUCAGUUGACCCUUUUUUUCUACUUCGAGGUGAGGAAAUCGUCCUCCAGUUGUUUUUGCAACAUUUAUUUUCCACAAACUGCUCUUCAUCGGUUGCAUUUGGGACAAGUGAUGAUGAUGUUUCAGGCUUAUGUGCGGGAUUUGUUUCACUGUUAAAAUGUAUCGUGUCAGUCAUUACAGGUUUUUGACAGUUUGACCACAGAAGCAGUGCUGAGGAUGAUUUAGGGCUCGGUGACCUUCUCCAACACAUCAGUACACUGCUGUUCAGUGAUGGUGCUCAGUUCUCACCACUGUCGACACACAACGUUAUCUACUGUGACUAAACAUUUUUGAUAUGGUUGUAAAUUUUUGGUUUUUUUAUAUUAUUUUUUUUUUUUUAUAAUUACUAUUGGUAUUUCUUUUGUGUUUGUUUUCUCCUAACAGUAUCACAUACGAUGAUGAGAUCAUGUAAUGUGCCAUAAAAGCUAAAAAUGACUUCAUGUAUAUUUAACAGUCGCAUUUAUCAGCCACUUUCAGCCCUUAAUUGAAAAGAUGCGUGCUACUACACGUCAGAAGGGACGUGUAAGAGAAAAGCAGCAUCUAACAGACGGUUGGAUGUCGCUCCAGAUCUAUCAUGUUGAUACUGCAACACCCUCCACAUGUUCUCCCCGGCUGAAAGCUGCAGGAAAUAAAAACAAGUGAGUUUUUGCUCACAGACAGUUCUCACCUUGGUCAUCCACUGUAUACUUGACGGCUGUUUGAUAUCCACAGUGUCAUACCAACGUCAUCCACACCCCCACACACACACCCUCUGCAGUUCAGCUGAUGUUGUUGUCAAAUAUAUUAAAUGACAGUAAAUAAUAUAAAUUCCUGUAUGACGGAGGAAAAAAUACCUUUCCGUGUUCUGUAUCCAAUGAAUGAUACAAAAUAAACUUUGACAUUGCAUCUUUGCAAA